AUGACGAAUUGGGAGGGAUUGUACGAAAGGACACAAGAAAAGCAAAAUUGCGACUGCUUUAUGGGCACUAAUGGUAACGUUAUCGAUUUAUUUUGCCGCGAGAACUUUCACCAUUUGUGUGAUGUGGUGGAGAUGAUAACUCAACGUGAGACUGGAAAGAUGAAGGCUGGUCUUAGGCAUAAAGCCUAUUAUCUUAUAAUUAAAUCUUGUAAAAGGCUACGUGACCGCUUUUUUAUUGAGAAGAAAGAGAAUCUAUCAAAUGAGAUUGAUUCAUUUUUAAAAUCAGUUAAGUCGAGCGAGGAUACAUUUCUCACUAGUGCGCAAUAUUUAUUGGAGAACGAAAAGCUGAGGAAGACAAGAAAACCAUGCCAGUUACCACUAGAAGAAGAUAUAAAGAAACUCCAUGCUUUCACGUCAAACCGCAUCAAACAUUUAACAAAUGAGUACACUCUGAUGACACCAUCAACCUUUAUAGAACUUCGUAAUGUCACCAUGGUACGUCUGACUCUUCUAAAUGCAAGACAGGGAGGAGAGGUAGGUCGUCUUUUACUCAGUGAGUGGGAUGAAGCAGAAAAGGAUGGAUGGAUUGAUCAACAAAGGCUACAAACGUUAACUCUAUCGGACCGAAUGCUUGUCAAAUCAUUAAAAAUUGCCUAUUUAGCUGGAAAAGGAAAUAAACACAUUGUGUCAAUGAUAGUUCCAAAUGACACAGUUAAAGCCAUGCAGCAUCUCUCCAGAGUCAAUUUUAGAAAAAGUGCUGGAGUUGCUAAGGAUAAUGAUUUUUUAUUUGCAAGUACACAGCUCUCAGACGUACAAUUUUCUGGGUGGCAUGCUCUCAAAGGUGUAUGUUCUAAAGUAACAGCAUUGAAAAAACCAGAGCUUAUAAAUUGGACCAACAAUCGCCAUAGAGUCAGCACCAUUUACGCUAGUUUGGAUAUUGCAGAGACUGAUAGAGAGCUGUUUUACAAGCACAUGGGCCACUCCGCCCAGAUGAACAAGGAAGUGUACCAAUCACCAUUGGCAUUGCUUAGUGUUACAAAUGUUGGAAAAAACUUAAUAGAUAUUGAGACAGGUAGUUUCUUAAAACUUUCUUUCCGAUUAAAUUAUUUCUAACAAAUAAGUCCCACCUUUAAAUAACCUCAAGCAGCGUUUAUCUGAGUUAGUAUAAUACUUUUUUAAAUAAUAACUAUAUUUUCAGAUAGUAAGCAGCUAUUGAGGGGCAACAUACAACCAUUUCAGCAAUAUAUCAAGAGCAUUCGAAAAGCGUUUACUUUUUAAACACUUUUUAAGUAAGCAUCCCCUGCCUCCUGCAAGACACCAGCCACAUUCAUUGAGACCAGCCGCCAAAACCAAUAACUUUCGUUAAACGUUGGAAAAAGAAGAGUAGACAACGACAAAUCAUAUUGUUGUUGCUUAUACCUACUGACACAGAGCCCAGGGCUAAGAAAGGUAGACUUGGCACCCAGCCCUUAGAAAGGUUGUGACUAAGACUGAAAAGCAGCAAAACUGGAAACAAAAAAGCUUCCCGUCCUUAGACAUGGACACUUAAAAAAUCGUAUCGUAAUGCUUGCGCUGACCAAAAAACCACCCCUUAUAAAGGCAGACUUAGAACCCAGCAAAGGCAACCCAGAAUACCAUGAAUGUACUAGACACUUUUCAUAGGACCCUCAUUGAUAACAGUAUCAUUAGAACCUGAAUAGGUAAUCCUGGGCAAAUAACAGUAACGAUAUGUAUGCAUGAAAUAAAAAGGUUUACAAUACAGCAAACUGCACUGAAGUAUUUUGUCUACAGGGACGGUGGAUGUAAAUAAAAUUGGGAUUAGGCUCCCAGGAGAAGGUGCUGAAUACACUUUCUUGCUUAUUACAAGCAUGAGUACUGCCCAACUUAGACCUAUAACUAUUCUCUG